ACAGCUUGUACAAAAUGGAUAUAACAGGACUGGGCACAUUGAUUCUUAUUCUGCUGAUCUCCUGCAUGGUGAUCUACUCAACAUGGAAUUCAAUGUACAGGAAGCGGAAUCUGCCCCCGGGACCAACUCCAUUUCCUCUCAUUGGUAACUUGCUGCAGAUCAAAAGGGGGGAAAUGGUGAAGUCUUUUACAGAGUUUGGUAAACAGCAUGGUCCUGUGUACACUCUCUACUUGGGCCCAAGACCUGUAAUUGUCCUGAAUGGCUACCAGGCUGUGAAAGAGGCCCUCAUAGAUAAAGCAGAGGAAUUCAGUGGAAGGGGAAAGCUGGUAGUAGCGGACAUGAUCUUUGGAGGCUUUGGUGUUGUUUUUAGCAAUGGAGAGCGCUGGAAGCAGCUUAGGCGUUUUUCUCUUAUGACUCUUCGGGAUUUUGGAAUGGGGAAACGAAGCAUUGAGGAAAGAAUUAAGGAGGAGGCACAAUACCUUCAAGUGGAACUACACAAAUACAAACAAACUCCAACAGACCCACAAAAUAUCCUUAAUCAGGCUGUCUCCAAUGUGAUUUGCUCAGUGGUCUUUGGCAACCGAUUUGAAUAUGAGAAUGCAGAUUUUCUAAAGCUUAUCAGUUUGUUUAAUGAGACAUUUCAGCUGAUGAGUUCCACCUGGGGCCAGCUCCAGCAAAUCAUCCCUUUUAUUAUGAACUACAUACCAGGACCUCAUCAAAAAAUAGAUAAAGUUGUUGCAAGACAGCUAGAAUUUGUGUCAGAAAGAGUAAAGAAAAAUCAGGAGUCCAUUGAUUUCAAUUCUCCAAGAGACUAUAUUGACUGUUUUAUCAUUAAAAUGCAACAGGAAAACCAAAAUCCAAAAUCUGAAUUUAACAUGAAAAAUUUGUUGGUGACUGUCCUAAACUUAUUCUUUGCUGGGACCGAAACUGUCAGUUCAACUCUGAGGAAUGGCAUUCUCCUCCUUCUGAAAUACCCACAUAUACAAGAAAAGUUGCACAAAGAAAUUGAUCUUGUCAUUGGUCAAAAUCGGAAUCCAAAUAUUGAAGAUAGGAGCCAGAUGCCCUAUAUGGAUGCUGUCAUCCAUGAGAUCCAGAGGUUCAGUGAUAUUCUUCCAAUGAAUCUGCCACAUUCAGUCAUAAAGGACACUACAUUCCAAGGAUACACAAUUCCAAAGGAUACUGAUGUCUAUCCAAUGCUGUGUUCUGUCCUAAGAGACCCAACACAAUUUACAACACCAGAGAAAUUUAACCCAGGACAUUUUCUAGAUGAUUCUGGCUGCUUUAAGAAGAAUGAUGCUUUUAUGCCAUUUUCUACAGGUAAACGGAUAUGCUUGGGAGAGGGACUGGCUCGGAUGGAGCUCUUUCUCUUUCUUACAACAAUCCUGCAGAACUUCACACUCACCACAGAGACUCAAAUCACAGAAUCUGACAUCACCCCCAGAAUGGCUGGAUUUGCAAAUGUUCCUAAGUCUUACAAGGUGUCUUUUGUGCCACGUUAAAGGGAGCGAUGUAAUGUGGUAAUGGUUUUAUUGUUCUGAUCAUGCAUAAACAAGCUCUGAACUCAUGUUGGCAUCUAAUCGCAAAGGUCAAAACACGCACACAUUUUAGUAUUGUUGAAUAACUAUGUAAAAAUUAGGCAUUAAGGUCAGGAUUCAUUUGCAUCAUUGUAGUAUUCACUGUUGCUACUUUAAAAUUAUACAGCUAAAUACUCUCUUAUUACUUAAUUGUAUUAAUAAAAGCUUUAAAA